UGUACGCCAGUUCACUGGUGAAGUUAGACGCAGUUAACAUAAUUAGCAGUUCUGUAAAGAAGUAUAACUAUUAUAACGAAUAAAACAAGGAAAGACGCAAAAUUAUAACUACACCUCCGAAAUAAAAGUUAAUGUAAUAAAAAUAAAAAUACUUAUAGCCAAUUUAUCGCGACAAUAAACACUACGUUUCCGUUAGCUAUUUCAGUUUAUAAGUAAACCAGAAUCAAGUGAUAAAUGUGCAACGUUCAAUCAAAGUGGUUGCAAAUACCAAGUUAAAUAACUGAUAAGUUAGAAACAUCAAGAAAACAAUGAGAACCGCAUUGUGUUCCACGUUUGUUGUUUUUGUUUUGGCAUAUACGACAACGCGAGUUACUGCGAAUGCGAACCCGCUUUCAGAUGAAACCAUAAAACGAAUUAAUUCAGUACAAAAGACUUGGACUGCGGGCAGAAACUUUCCGGCCCAGACAUCGAUGACGUACAUUAAUAACCUUGCAGGGACCCUGUACGAUGACACCUUACAAGAUCUACAAAUACUAAAACAUCACAUUGAUGAGAUAGAUCAGCUGCCAGGUUCCUUCGAUCCGAGAGACAGAUGGACGAAGUGCAAGUCUUUGAACGAAAUCAGAGAUCAGGGCGCUUGUGCCAGUUGCUGGGCUUUGGCUGCAGUGGCAGCGAUGACUGAUCGAUACUGUAUAUUCGCAGAAGAGAAAAAACAGUUUCAUUUCUCUGCCGAGGAUUUGAUUAGCUGUUGCGAAACUUGUGGACUGGGAUGUGUUAAAGGACUUCAUAUUGCGGCUUGGAUAUACUGGACGAAGCUUGGACUCGUGUCAGGAGGCAACUACAACUCGAGUGAAGGGUGCAAACCUUAUAAUAUACCACCAGGAGAAAAUUAUGUGACCGAAGAGUUGUCACCUUUAGGCCAAAUAGUUGAUAUUUCGAGCUGUAUGACGUUCUGUGACCCCAGCUACAAUGUUGUAUAUCGGGAUGAUAAACGCUACGGUGAUAGAGUCUACCUUAUAGAACGGAAUGAGAUUCAAAUAAAACUUGAACUAUUUCAUAACGGACCCGUAGAGGGUGUGAUGGAAGUUUAUACAGAUUUUCUGAAUUAUAAGCACGGGGUUUACAAUCAUACAGAAGGCCAAUCAAUAGGUCAUCAUGGCGUUAAAAUUAUGGGCUGGGGAGAGGAGCAUGGCAACAAAUAUUGGUUGGUAGCAAACUCUUGGGGCAAAGAUUGGGGUGAUGAUGGGUUCUUUAAAAUUUUGCGUGGAGUCAACCAUUGUGGUAUUGAAGGGUCUGUAGUCGCGGGUGAACCACUUAUAGUUUAAGUUUGAAAAGUAUUACAAUUAUAACUUUUAAUAACACUACAGACUUAAAUGCAGUAUCCUAGAGAUACUAAAGGUAUGCUAAGUCCUG